AUGGCGAAUAUGCCGCUGCUAUCAUAUGCUGUCCUGACGCCAGCGAGAAUUGCUCUGGGGUUACUCUGCUCUGUCUGUCUGUAUUGGAUUAUAUGGACACUCUACAGUCUCUUUCUCCACCCACUUUCCGCAUACCCUGGCCCCAAACUCUGGGCUCUCACUCGCCUUCCGUGGAUCUGGACCAGUCUUCGCGGCGACAUCGCCUGGACUAUCCGCGAUUUCCACGAGCAGUACGGGCCAGUGAUUCGCAUCGCGCCCGAUGAACUCUCCUACACGACCAGCACCGCCGGGAAGAAAAUCUACGGGCAGCGCAGCCCAGAGUUUGUCAAGUCUCUUGAUGGACGAGGCAUCGUUCCGCCAUCGAGAAUGGGGGUGAGAGGCAUCGUGACUGCACAUCAAGAGAAGCACGCGCAGCUGCGAAGGGCGAUUUUGCCGGCAUUCUCGGAGAGAGCACUCCGCGAGCAGGAGAGCUUCUUCCAGCUGUAUGCGGGAAAGUUGACGGCCCAGUUGAGCAGAGUGUGCAAAAGUGGACCGCAGGACAUGGUGCGAUGGUACAGUUUUACGACAUUCGAUAUCGUGAGUGACCUGGCCUUUAGAGAGGCGGCGGGCUGUCUGGCCACUGGCUGGCAGUCCUGGGGUUACGCGCAAACCCUCGUGUGGCUCCAAUUCACCGUCUACUAUGGACUCUACCACUGGAUCGCGUGGAUCGCACCGAAAUACAUGCUCCAGGCGCGGCAGAAGCACAUCGAACUGCGCGGGGAGAAAAUCCGGAGAAGACUCCAGCUCAAGGAGGACCGCAAGGACUUCAUGAGCUACAUCCUAGACAACAAAUCGGAGAAACUGUCGAACCUGGAGCUCGUCAUCAUGGCAUCCGCGUUUAUCGUUGCGGGCAGUCGGACCUCCGCUGCGGCGCUGUCGGGUAUGACGUUCUUCCUGCUUCGCAACCCUCCGGUCUACCGUCGUCUCGUUGACGAGAUCCGGUCCGCCUUUCAGAAGGAAGAGGACAUCACCAUGGUGGCGACGGGCCAGCUGAGAUACCUAGGCGCUGUAAUCGAGGAAGGGCUACGAUUAUACCCUCCUUCGCCGUCUUCCCUGCCGCGGUUCGUGCCUGGCAAGGGCGAGGAGAUUGAUGGUAAAUGGGUUCCAGGAGGGAUCGCUGUCGGCGUCCACCAGCUCUCGGCAGGCUCCAUGGAAUGGAACUUUCAUCAGGCGAAGUCGUUCAUUCCUGGACGUUGGCUGGAUGUUUCUGCGGAUUCGCCAUUCGCCAAUGAUAUCAGCACCUCCGUUCAGCCUUUCUCGUAUGGCCCCCGGAAUUGCAUCGGUAAAAGUAUGGCGUACGCCGAGAUGAGACUGAUUCUAGCUCAUAUCUUCUGGAAGUUUGACCUUGAGCUUGUGGAUAAGUCAGACACCUGGUUUACGACACAGAAAACGUAUUUGGUCUGGGACAAGCCUCCGUUGAUGAUUAAUAUUCGCGAGAGGGAGUAG